AAAAAACCAGAAAGUUUUCCAAAGAUUCCUCUUUGAUUUUUCGAUCUAGAUCCAAGUAGUUCGAACCUCUGUGUUUAUAUUUGACUUUGGAUUUGGAGGUGAAGGUUAAAAAAGCAAAACAUUGUGAUAACUUUUGAUUUUACUUGAAAUAUUUUACUCAUUUUAUUGGAUUAUCAUGAAUGCUUUCAGAAGAACGUUACAUUUUAAUGAUUUCAACUGAUACAAAGAAGCCCAACUCAAAUGAUAGGAGAUUAAUAAAAAAACAUAAUACUGUGAAGACAAGAAUGGAUAAAAACACUUGUUGCCAAAUAUGUGUUAAGGAAUUCUUCAAAGUUAGCAAUUUGAGAAGACAUAUCAAAAGGUUUCAUCCAGAAUCCUUCCAACCAUUACCUAAGAAACAAUUUGCGUUUACUUGCGAUGUCUGCGGUAAGAACUUCAGCUACAUAAGGAACUACAGAUGCCACUUAAAAACUCAUGAUCCAAACGCGCCUUCUUCAAAGGUAAUGAAAAAAUGCCCCUUAUGUGCGUUCCUCUCAGAGAAGGCGGAAUUGUACGAACAUUUCGAAAAAGAUCACGAUAUAAGGCUGAUCACUGAACAGCUGAACUUUGACGAUACAGAUUCUUUCCUGAAAUGGAAAUUGACAUUGGAGAACGACAGUGGAAGUCACUUUGUCCGAAAUUACACGCAGCAAACAAAAUGUUAUGAUGAGGUGAUUUUAUACGUUUGCCAUAGAUCAGGGCAUACCUUUCCUAAAGGAGAAAAUAUGAAUAAAGUCGGUAAUGAUAAUAUGAUGAAAAAAAUCGGAGGUUUCUGUCCUGCCAGUAUCAAAAUGAUGAAGAAGAAGGAUGGCUCUGUUUUGGCUUCAUUUCUAGAAACACAUAUAGGACAUAUCGAUGAAGAAGACACUGGCCAGGGGGAUACAACGAAAAAGUUGAAAAGUAUCAUGUUGAGGCAUAAAAAUAGCUCUAACCUAGCUAAAGACUCUCUAGUUAAAUCAGACGAUGUUUGGCAGUUCCACUCACGAAAUAAAGAGGAAAUUUACGUUAUAUCAAUCAACGAAAAUCAGUGUUGUUCUGAUUGUCCUUUCACUUGUCUGGAUUGCAAAGCGUGCAUACACAAAUAUUCAUGUAGUUGUAAGGACUGGACAGUUAAAUGGAACAUGUGUGUGCACAUCCAUCUACUUUGUAGACUGCUAAAUGAAGAGCAAGAAAAAAAUCAGGAGCAAAUUCUCACACAACGGUCUAAUUCAAGUCUCGACAUAACAGAUCUCAUUAUAUACGACGGAGCAAAUACUGGAGGAAGAGACAAUGAACGUAAAUCUCCUAUCAUCAUUCAGGAAGUUAGCCAGGAGGUAUCAGUCGAAGCAAAAAAUAUAAUUUUGCGAGAAUUCUCAGACAUAAUUGUAAAGUGCAACUCACCCAGUCUUUUUCAAGAGAUAGUCACUAUCGUUGGCGGUCUGAAGGCAAGGGUUGAAUGUGAGGAAAUAUUAGCCCCAACACAGGAUUUUAUUGCUAGAUGAGAAUUAAUUGUAGAUUAAUUGAAAAUAAAAUAUUAUUUAUCA